AUGUUUCGUGGGAUAAUUCCUUACAGUUGUCUUAAUAUUGACUGCAGCUGGACAGAUCCGUUUAGAGCAAUCAAAAGAGUCUUUUACACAUCUGAAAGCUCUGCAGUGCUCGUCAGGAGAAUUUCCCAGUUAUUUCCUCAAGAGAAAAACGUAUUAGUGACAAUAAGUGUCAGAACAGCUGUUGAUUUGCUUUUGCAAGUUUUAGCGCUUCCUGCAGGAAGUGAAAUCAUCAUGUCUGCUAUCAAUAUCCCAGAAAUUGUAAGAAUCAUCAAAAUCCACAACUGUGUUCCAGUGCCUGUCGACAUUGAUAUCGGAAACUUAGCUACCUCAGUUGACAGAGUUGAAGCUGCAAUCACCCCAAAAACUAAGCUUGUCUUGGUCGCAUCUAUAUUUGGCACCAAAAAUAGUUUGGCUGAUAUAGCAAAACUAACUAAAAAACAUAACUUGAUUCUAUUUGAAGACUGUGCAGAAGGGUAUUGUGGAAAUGGAUACUCAGGAGACCCAAAUGCUGACAUAACUGCAUUCAGUUUUGGGCCAAUUAAAACUUCGACAGCUUUUCAAGGAGCCAUUUCUUUCAUUCGAAAUGAAGAGCUUUUUAAAGAAAUGGAGACCCUCCACAGCUUUUAUCCAGCCCAAAAAUCCAGGGUUUUCCUUAAAAAAGUCCUUAAAUACUCUUUUGGAAAACUUUUGAUUAAUUCUAGGUACAUAAAUGCAGCUGCAAGAAAGUUUUCUUUAAAAUUCAAAAUUGAUUACAAAAAAUAUGUAGUCGCCAUGAUGAGGGCUUUUACACCAGGCCAAGAUUUAACUAUUUAUCGGUCUCAGCCUUCGAAAGCAAUGCUUUCAUUUUUGCUUCAAAGGAUCCAAACUUUUAAUGAGGCGGUCUUUGAAAAACAGAUGGAAAAUAUCAGAAUUGGCACAGAAGUCUUGGAAUCAAGCGGACUGCAAAUUCCUGGAGGCAAUGGACCUAGAAGAAAUUAUUGGCUGUACCCAGUACUUGUUGACAAUCCUGAAGAGAUAUGUAGGCAGCUUCAAAACCUAGGCAUUGAUGCUUAUAAAGGCGUUUCUCAGCUUAAUGUCAUCGAAACAGAGGACGCUUUUCAUCAGAAGCCUGAAAAUGCAAUAAAAAUGUUUGAAAAACUCAUUUAUAUUCCUAUGCAUAAGAAUAUCCCACCUAAUGAUAUUGGAAAGAUCUUCUCAAUGGUUUCUAAAGUAAUCCAAGAUAAUUAA